AUGGUGUUUCUUAUCAUCGUCACCUUUAUCGUUGCGCUCAUCGCAACCUACAAUUUUUACUGGAAGCGAAGAAACCUGCCUCCAGGCCCCACUCCAGUCCCAAUACUCGGAAAUAUGAUUGAGCUGCAGCGAUCCACUCACUGGCCCGACGUUUUCAUGCAAUGGUCAAAGAAGUACGGCAGCAUCUUCACCUACUGGAUGGGCGAGGUCCCCAUUAUCGCUAUCACCGACUACAAAACCAUUCACAAGGUGUUUAUCAAGGACGGCGAGUCCUUCAACGACCGUUUCACGCUCGGAACAUUGGAUCAAAUGUGCCGUGGAGGGGAAUUCGGAUUGAUCUUUGCUUCAUGGAAGUGGGCCCGAGAUCACAGGAGAUUCGGGUUGAGGGUGUUCAGAGAUUUUGGAGUGGGAAAAAAUCAAAUGCAGGAGAAUGUAAGGGAAUUACAAAGUACUAAAAUUUGACAGAAGUAGUACUCCAAGGGUUAAGAACUUUGAUAAAACUUGACACAAGUUUAUCAAUUUUUUUGGAGUACUUCCUUUGUAAUGUGCUAAAAAUUCGGCGCCUGAACCAUAAACAUGCGUUGAUUGCAGAUUCUGGACGAGACUGUAACUCUCCUGGAGAACAUUGAAGCCGCACGAAAAGUCAACGAGGAGUUUGAUCUGUUCCCAUUCUCCGACAUUGCCGUUGGCUCCAUCAUCAACAACCUUUUGUUCGGCUACCGAUUCACUCAGAACGUAAGCUCUUUCGUAACUUUCCAUCAAGAAAAUCUCUCCUUUAGAACAAGGAGGACGAAUUCCACCGGAUGAAGGUGCAUCUCCACGACUGGAUGACACUGUUCAACAGCCCGUUGACUCGCGUUUGGAUUGCCGCUGGAUUUGUCCAUAAACUCCCAUUCUUUAAAACCCAUUGCCAAAAGUUGAUCGACGUUUACACCAACAUCUUCAAGGACAUGGACAGGAACAUUGCCGAGCACAAGGAGCGGCUUCACGCCGAUGGUCACACCGAAGCCCGCGACUAUGUGGACGCCUACCUGAUGGAGGUGGAGAAGAUGGAGGCCAGAGGCGAGGACACCAGCCUCUUCACCGACGUCCAGUUGAAGAACAUGGCGUUCGACUUCUGGCUGGCCGGCCAAGAAACCACCAGCACAACGAUCACGUGGGGAAUCGCGUACUUGAUCCACAAUGUGCACGUUCAAGAGAAGGCCUUCGAAGAGUUGGAUCGGGUCAUCGGAAGCGACCGAUUGAUCACCAUGGCCGACAAAAACGACUUGCCUUACAUGAGCAGUCUGGUUAAUGUAAGUUUUUAUAACUUUAAAUAAUUCCGUUUUGCUGUAAAGACCCUCAGAUCCAUCUGUAGAUCUAGUCGAUCUUUUAAACAUUGCUUGAUUUAAUUAGCAAUCAACUAUAAUAACAAAUUUCAGGAAGUUCAACGAAGAGCCAACUUGGUUGCCGAAAAUGUCUUGAGAACCGCGUCUGCUGACUACAAUCUCAACGGCUAUGAAAUUAAGAAAGGACAAAUUUGCAUUGCACAAGUCUCCGCCAUGAUGGAGGACCCUGAUAUCUUCGAAGACCCUAAGGCAUUCAAACCGGAGAGAUUUUUGGAUGAGAAUGGACAGGUCAAAAAAUGCGACGAACUCAUUCCAUUCGGAGUGGGAAAACGGUCAUGUCUGGGAGAAGCGCUAGCCCGAAUGGAACUGUUCCUAUUUAUCGCCAACUUGAUGAACCGAUAUAAGGUAGGUUCAGUGAUAACAAAAGGAAAAAACUGUCGACUUUGUAGUUGAUUUUAACUUUGAAAUUUCAGUUCCUCCCCGGAAAAGAGCUGCCAAUCCUCCAGAAAUGGCCCACUCCAUCCAGCACACUGAUAAAGCCCUAUCAAUGCAGAGUCAUCAGAAGAGAGAUCAAAUCAUAG